AUGAUUCUAAAAUUAUCAUUUACUCAACCUCUACCAGAUGAAGAGGUCAAAGCGAUUCAAAUCUUAUCACAGGCGAUAAGGGACGCUCCACAAUCCUUCAACCUUCUCCACGUUCAAUGUGACUUUUUACGGAAGAAAGGAAAGAAUGACUGGGCGCUCCAACUCGCUCAACAGGCUGUUAACUGUGCUCCUAGCGAGUUUGUGACAUGGGCAAAGUUGACAGAAGUUUAUAUCGAACUUGGCCAAUACGACCGCACUCAUCUCCCAGUAAAACAAUAUAUUGCCGAUUCUCAAAUCUUAGACGGCGAUGGUCUAGAGGAAGACACAGACCCAGCAUUGCUACGUCUACCGGCACCAGCUCUGCGAGGAACCUUUGCAAAAGCGUAUGAACUCCUCUGCAGGCUAGUCUCUGAAAUUGGAUGGGACGAGCUUCUCAAGACUCGGAGCGCAGUGUUCGUCAUGGAAGAAGAAUAUCGCAACCAAAAAGCGAAAGCGGCAGCAGAUGCAGCAGAGGCUGCUGAACGCGAGCAGCAGGUCAAUGGGACAACCGAAAACGGAGGUCCUCGUGAUUCGCUGUUGACCGCCGUCGAGGGCGAAGCGGAUGCAGAAGGGGAGGAUGAUAAUGCCAGCACGAAGGGGAUGGUCUCUCCGACCAAAUCAAAUGCUGCGGACGGGGAAGAAACGGCACGUACAUCGACGGAUGAUACCAACACGCUAGAAUCGGAGCCAACCAAGAACGAUGAACAUGAACCUCCUCCGUCGGCUCAGGCAGAAGGUCCCAAAAAGAGUAAAUUUGCCAGUGGUGGUGGCAUUAGCAAACCCACAAGGGCAGCAUCGGAGGUAGACGAGGCAGAAGAGGAAGAACGAAAAAGAGAGGCAAACGGAGAAGCGAUGACACUGAACAGUAAAAGAUUGUGCGAACGCUGGCUGGACAACAUGUUUAUGUGUCUAUACGAAGAUCUUCGCGUAUGGACCAUCUUCAGAGCUGAAGUCGCUCAUUUCAAAAACCACCGCCAAGCGUAUCGCAAGACUGGUUCAGAAUGGGAGAUUUUGGGCGACUUGGGAACACGGCUGCUCCAUAGGGAAGAGGCAAAGGAAGCCUACCAGCGCUGCCUGGACAUCAAGUUCUCUGCCAAGGCUUGGAUGAAACUGUUAGAAAUUUAUGCCGACGAAGGAGAUUUACAAAGGACCCUCAAUUCGGCUAUUCGACUAACCGCAUAUCAACACCGAUGGUACUUUGAAAUGGCGGUAUGCAUUCCUAGGUAUGAUGGAGAUAAUGAUGCUGAUGUCUCUCUAGUUCCCCACGGCCGUUGCGCACCAAAUUUACAAGCUAGGGCUAACACACGGUCACGCCAAGAUAUCGUUCACACUCUUGAGCAUGGGCUUACCGGACGGUAUCCGCAAAAUCGUGGAAAAUUAUCUAUCAUAUGGCAAAACGUUCCGUAUAGAA